UCCACACCCUCCGUGCCGCAUCUCGUGCGAAUCUCUUCUCUUCCGAAGUUAACGAAGUAAUUGCAACAAGACUGAAGGUGAAUGGCUUCCGUCUUCGCCGCGCCGCCGUCUCAACUGGUUCUCUCUUCUCACCGCCCAAGUUUGGAUCACAAAGCCUUUCUUCCUUCCAUCGUCGGCGUUAAAUUUCAUCGGAAUGGCUUUCCAAUUCCUUCUUUCAGGGAAUUUUUAUUAGUUUGCGUGUUCAGCAGUCCUCUACGAUCCAUCGCAUUAGACACAAUUAUUUCAGAAGAUAUCUGGACUGUUACCCUUGCAAUGAGCAUGUUAACAUGGAAGUUCAUCUGUUGCUUAGUUCUGUUAAGUGAAUCCACCUUGAUUCUCGUGAUGGAAAUGGAAUUUGGCAGGUACAAGAACACCAAAAGAUUGAAAUUGAGGCAAAGAUCUUUUUCUAUAACAGCAUCAAAUUCCUCAGAUGGGAAUUCCACCAAGGAGAAAAAGGAUGGAAGUAAAGUAACUGGUGAUGCCCAAGGUCCUCCAUUUCUUACCAUUUUGGCUGGCUUUUUUGUCUUUUCCCUCGUCCUUUGGAUAGUCAGUUCCUCUGUCACAACCCUUAUAGCUCUAGUCGUCAAGUUGAUCUCAACAAAGUAGUGUUGCAUUAUUGGCAACACUAAUCCUCCCAAUUAUGUUUAGUUUUGGGGAAGGACCUGAAUAUAGGCAGUUGAUUUGGUAAGACUCAAGUAAUAAAAAUGCACAUUGACUCAUUCUGUAGUACUCUAGUUGAAUCUUCUUUAUAAGUCAUUUUCUAGAGUCGUUAUCAUCA